AUGAGCAAACGGAAGCUGAACUGGAGUGUUGCAGAAAUUGAGGCCCUGAUGGGAGCUGUAACGGAAAAUAUAAGAGUCGUGAAGGGAAAGUUUACCCCCUCAUUGACGAAUGAGGUUAAAAAUCGCCAGUGGAUGGCGUUAACCGAGCGAGUAAAUGCAGCUAAUGUGUCUAAGCGUGAUCGAGAUGUAGCAGAAGUAAAGAAAAAAUGGCAAGACUUCAGUAGCCAAACGAAAAAGAAGGAGGCCAUGAGGAUUCAUCACAGGCAAGCAACUGGAGGAGGUCCUGCAAUAGAAGAUGAUCUGAAAUCAUGGGAAACUCUGAUCAUUGGAACAUUUUCCAAGAGUGCCGUUGAAGGGGUGCCGGGUGGGGUGGAUUCUGGAGCACUAUCCUCAUCACAAAGCCGAAUACUGUUAGAGAAAGGUACAGUGUAUUUAUGGAUGAUUCCUCUUUCCUUUAUGAUGAUUAAGAAUAAGGGGAGGGUAGGCAGAUGAGAAAAUACACACCUUUGAUGGUGUUCUACAGAGACACAUCAGAGUUUGGGGCCUCAGCAUGUGAUCAAUUUUUUUUAUUGAAAUACAAUUUUUUUUAAAUUCUUUUAAAAAGUACAUUAGCUAAAGAAGAGCAAAAAGUACAAUAGCUAUAAAGAAGAUCAUGUAGGGUCAAAGGAACUCGUGUGAGUGAUGUGGCCCAUGGUCCUAUGGUUUUUCUUGUGUAAUCACCUAAUUGGGAUCAAAUAGAGUUUAUUGAAUUGAACUUUAUUUUGUAAGAAACACCAUAUGUAUUUGAGGCAACUCUUGCUGAACAAUCACCUGCUGCUGAACAACCAUCUGCCUUCAUCACAGGUUUGUUUUUUUAUGCCUCUACAUGUAGAAAUUUAACCUGUGUUAAUGUACAAUGACAAUACCAGUGAAAUAUAUUUAAAAAAUGUUCAAUGGAUAAGAUACAGUACAUGUUUUUUGUUUUGUUUUGCUGUUUAAAUGCAUAAAGUUAACACAAUACAUGUAUUUAAGAAGGAGCAACAAUGAUAUGGAUGGAAGGUGGAGGAUAUAUGUACAAGAAUGUUUUAUAAUUGAAAAAUUUCAAAAUUACCCAUUUAGUUUUUUUUAAAAAUGCAGUUUUAGAAGAAAGUGUAACCUGAUUAAAUUUAAAACCCCUGCAAGACUUGAACCCAUGCUACUAAGCUAGGCAAAUAUAUUUAAAAGGGAUAGACAAAUAUUGCUGAUAUUCAUAAUUUUAUUGAUGUUUUAAAAGGAAGUCGGUCAUUAUAAUGAUGUGUUAGUCCUCCUUAUAAUACUUAUUGAUAGCAAUUUUUAGAUCCAAUGUCUGGACAGUUUUAUUUAAUACAUGCACUUGUACAAGUACACAUAUGUGCUCUGAUUUAUGGAAUACAUAUAUAUAAUUUCAGAUAACUCCAGUGAAAAGCCUGUGAGUGAGGAGUUUGAGACAGGUAUUGUAUAUACAUGUACACUAAUCUAUUUUUCAUACUUCGAGAAAUUUGGAAGUAUUCAAUGGUUUAACAGUAUAGGCAAAGUAGACCUACAAAACUGGUAUUUCCUGUAAGGGGAAACUUUCUGUGAUCCAUUAUCCUUUUAAGGUAUCAAAUUAUUUUCUGCGUUUUCAAUUUCUGCGAUUGCAUUAUACCAAUCUAUACCUAAUUUUAUAUUGAUAUAUACAAUUGUAUAUUUUGCGAUUGUAAGUUUAUGGGAUUUUUCAUGUCUGCAAAAAAUGGAACACCACAGAAAAUACCCAUUAUACAGUAUUUACCCCCAGAACUUGUACGAAUUAAGCUUUAUAAAAUAUCACCAAUAAAUAAGCAGUGUUGUAUAUAAUUUUGGGGAAAAAAAUAUAUAACAGUGAGAAUCUACCUUUUCUAUUUUCACAUGUUUUCAGUUAUGUUUGCAAAUUCUUUGCCUUCUGCUGGUGGAGCAGCUGUGUGUUCUAGCGGUACCUCCACACAGAACAAGAAAAAAAAAGGAAGAGUCCCUGUAAGUCAUUUGAUUGAGAGUCAUAUAUGUUUCAAUUGCUUACAUCAUCAAAGUCUUAAUUUAGCUAAGCUGCUUUGUAUUUCCGUCUAUAGACUUUAAGACUUCUACAGAUUUUGACAAUCUGACAAAAAUAGCAAAACAUCAGCAACAUAAAGUGUUGAUCAUGCUAAUAAGAAAAUGUUUGAAACCCAAAACUGUAGUUACUGUAGAAGAAGAUGGUAAUGACUUGUAUUUUUAUUAGGUGAUGACACCGAAGACGAUGUCAGGUUGAAAAUCGAAUUUAUCAAUUUGGGAAAAGAACGGAAUAGAGCUGUGAAGGAAUACAGAGCCAAGAAGUUGGCAUUUUAUGAAGAGAUAACUCAGCAGCAGGGUGAAAUGAUUCAACUUCAAAUGAAGACAGCAACAGCCUUGGAGUUAAUUGCAUCAAAAUGUCAACAAACAGCAACCUUAAUACCAUCACCCUUUUCUGUUUCUCCUAUAAUCAGAUUUGAUAGCUAGAUAUGCACCAUCUGUUAGUUUAAACAUGUACCAUAUUUAAGGUAGAUCGAUCCUCAUGUGAUGUCAUAGAUUUUUACAAAAAUCUGUAUUCAAUCAAAAUUUAACUGAUAGAAAUAUAUCUUUGCUGGUACAUAUAUUUCCUCUACUGCAUGUCUAUUGUACAAUUAUUUUCCUACUAUCGACAAUUAAUUGAUACAUAUUAGCAUUUUUCUAAAUUGUUGACGUUAGAUAUUUUUCAUUUUAACAAGUUUUUUUUCUAUACUUAUUAUUCCUCUUUGCAUAUAUAAUUGUGUGAUUUUCUAAUGUUGACCUACACUUCUGUUAUUUGUUUGUCUGACAUCUUUUUUAAAAAAAAGGUGGCUGCAUAAUACAUUUUCUUUGGUUAUUAAUUGAAUUAAACUAUAUUGUGUGGAAAUGUAUACAGUUUUUUCCACUUUCAAUCUAUUAAUAUUGAUAACUCACAUGAGGGUGGAACUACCUUAAACAUGUACCAUAUCUAGUAUCUUAAUUGUGUCUUAUUUAUAUUUUAUAUUGAAGUUAUAUAUAUGUGAAUUCUUUAAGGUUGCUAUUGUCCUCAGAUGAAGCUAUAAACAUUUCACUCUGCUGUUGAGAAAUGGGUAAUUAUCAUAUUUUCUUAUUAUCAAAGGACUGCACAUGAAAUGCCUGUAAUUGUUGAAGGAUGAAAACUGAGUUAUUCCCCUUUAAUUUGUCCAUGCAGUCUCUGUAUUCAUUACUCUUUACUUAUACAUGCAACAGUAUUUGUUCCUUUCUUUUUCCAAGUUCAUAGUUUGCUAUAUUGUACUUUGAUUUAUAUUUUGACAUCACUUGUGUGUGCAUAUUGUCCAUACUCAGAGUAGAGACAAAUAAGUUCAAAAAAGAAAUAUUUGAUAAUAAUGUAAAUUGUGAAAAAAAUAUUGCAAUGGUAGUACUUUAAAAUUCAUAAUGUAACAAAAUGAAUUUGAUGUAAGAAUCAUUGUUUUUUUUUUGGGGGGGGGGGUGGGUGGGUUUGGCCAAGAGAUGUAGGGAUUACACUCCCCCUCCACCUCUAGAUUUACAAUUACUGUUCUUCAUGAAUUGCAUGCACUUAUAGCUGACAGUAUGUUUAUUCAUUUUCAAUGCAUACCACAUUUAUCUAUAUUUUUGUUUAAUAUUUGAUUCUCUUGAAUAAAUGUACAUGAGGUAAUUACUUAACACUUCCGUAAUUUUGGAGAGACAAAACUGAAAUGUUCCCCUUUGAUUUCUUAAUGCGAUAUAGCUUACCUACACAUAUCUUUAAUUACAACGGAAUUUGUUCAUUUCUUUUUUCGAAGUUGAUAGUUUGAAUUUAUUGCGUACCGGUAGUUUGAUUUUUAUUUUUGUCAACACUUGUGUGUUUGUUGUCCUUCUUCAAAGAUCUAUAGUGGUGUCUUCACUAAAUGAUUAAAACACUUCUUAUGAUGUCCGAUAUAUUUAUAUCUAUUUAUGAAGAAUAUAAAAAAGAUUUGUGACAUAAUUUUGAUGCAAAGCAUCAAUCUGGCAACUAAAAUUAUACACAUUCUAAACUACAAAUUGUACAUGCAUUUCUAUAGCAUUACACAGGAA